CUGGCAACCCAGCAGCCUAAAACCGAAAGUAGUCAUCUCAGGUCCAGACGAGACCGAGACAGUAAAAUGGAGGAUGAAGACGCGAUGUCGGAUAACAGCGUGCCGUUCGGCUACGGAGCUUCAGCGUACGGCAGUGAGGCUGAGGAAGAGGAUGAAGAUGUCGCAGACCACAGAGAGCUCGCGCUCCGAGACAUAGAGUGGGAGUCCACGCCACAGAGAUAUGACGCGGCGCGAGCUGCAUCACCUGCUUCCAGUUAUGAAUCAAUGCACAGCGAUGUUCGGUCAGGAACGAUGGCUGAUGAUCAGUGUAGGAUCCAGCUGCACAGACAGGACUCUUCAGCAUCAAGCUGUGGCUCUUCUUCUGGUGAUGAACAGCCCAAAGAAAAAGAAAUGACAAAAGAAAAACCAAGUGCUGCUCUUCCUUUAAAGCCAGAGUUACCAGGUUAUCCUAAUGAGAUACACUAUCCUGCCCUGACUGUUGAGUUCACCUUUAAGGUCCUCCAGAGCAGCCUGCAGCAACUUCCAAAAGAGAAUUUUAAACGCUUUAAGAGAAUCCUGUGGGAACAUUACCCAAGGCUCUUUCAACAUCAGCUUGACAGCUUAGACAUUCUAAAUGUGGUGGAUACGAUGUUGGAGAGCUGUGGCUUAGAGCAGUCUGUGAAGAUCACAGUGGCACUCCUGAAUUACAUGAACCUGAAAACCAUUGCUGAGCACCUGCUGGCACUGUGCAAGAGAAACGAAAUCCGUUGCAAGUUGAAAAAGACGCUGAGAAGGAUGUAUGAGCAUGUUAAUGAAGGUCUGACCCAGCAAGGACAACAAAAAUGUUUUGAGGAUGUGUGCACAGAUCUUUAUAUUACAAACGGUGGCAAUGCUGCAGUGAACAGCGAGCAUGAGUUUAGACACAUCAAGGAGCUGCAAGAGGAUAGACGCAACAAGAAAAGCCCGCUAUCCAUCAAGGACAUAUUUGAUCCUGUGGUUGUUGAGAGGAAGCACAUAAGGACAGUGAUGACUAAAGGAAGUUCAGGGACUGGCAAAUCAUUUCUAGUUCAGAGGUUUAUCUUAGACUGGGUGGAAGGCAGAUCACAUCAAAACAUCUUUUUUCUGCUCCCUCUGCCAUUCAAGGAAUUGAACAAGGUGACAGAGGAAACAAUCAGCUUCAUGGAUUUAAUCUGCAGAUUCUAUCCAGAGAUGAAAGAAGUGGAUAAUCUUGAGUUUGAAGGCUGUCAGGUGAUGUUCAUCUGUGACGGCUUGGACGAGUGCGCUAGCCCCAUUGACUUUCGCAACAUUGCGCAUUGGAGUGAUCACAACGAGCCAGCAAAUACUGAAGUUUUAAUUGCCAACCUGAUCAAGGGAAAUCUGUUGUUCUCUGCCUAUGUGUGGGUGACCACUCGACCCGUAGUCAUCAAUUUGGUCCCUGCAGAAUAUAUCCACCAGUUAUUAGAGGUUCGUGGGUUUUCAAAUGAACAAAGAGAAGCCUACUUCAGGAAGACCAUCCCUGAUGAAGAGCUUGCAGAAAGAGUCGUUGCUCAUAUCAAAUCCUGCAAAACGCUCUAUAUUAUGUGUCAUAUGCCGCUGUUCUGCUUGGUGGUGCGCAAAUUGCUUGAGACGGCUCUCCAAAGUGGAGAACUUCCCAAAGCUCUUACCCAUUUCUACACCAACCUGCUGUUCCUGCAUAUACAGAUGCGAGGCCAGAAACUGCUGUCACAAGACUGCGAGUUCUUCUGGAAGCUUGGGAAGAUGGCCUUCCAACUACUUGAGAAGGGUGUGUUCAGGAUUGAGACAGAGCAGUGGAAAGAGUACGGUCUGAGAGCUGAAGAUGCUGUGGUUACUGCAGGCCUGUGCACACAGUUCUACCACGAGAAAUUUUUGAUGUAUCAGGAGAAAGUGGACUGCUUUAUUCAUCCAACGAUGCAGGAGUACUUAGCAGCUCUUUAUGUCUUUCUUUCCUUCAAGAACCACAAGAAGAACGUUCUGGAAGGUCCAACAAUGAAAAAGCACUCAGGCUCAAAAGUGGAUCUCGUGAAUCUGCUCAAAAGUGCUGUAGACAAAGCAUUACAAGCCCAAAAUGGCAACUAUGACCUCUUCCUACGUUUUCUCUUGGGUAUGUCAGUAGAGGCCAAUCAAGAGCUGCUUCGCUUCUUGCUUUCCAACACAGAGUCUAACCAGCAAGCUCGGGAAGAGACGGCACAAUACAUCAAAAAGAAGAUGAAGGAGUAUCCCGAGAGGCAAGAAAACCUUCAGAGAUGCAUAGAUGAACUUUAUGCUGUAUUCCCAGUGUAACAGACAGGCUGACAUGGUGUCGGUAUGGUGGUGGUGCUGCUGCUGCGAGUGCAUCAGGUGAAGUGGUGUUACAGGAGUUUAAGCACUAUAAUGUCAGUGCUUGGUUGUGAAACUGUGCAACAGUCAAAACUAACAGCAGAGCCACGACCAGAAACUGACAUGAUUCAAAUUGUGCAUGGAAACUACAAGGCCUUCAUGUUUCCUUUCCUUGCUUCUCAGCUCCUCGCUCUUCUCACUUUUUGACCAACAGCGAACGAGUUCUUGAACCGGUUCCAUUCAGGAUUCUUUGAACCUUAGUGCCAGGUAGUGAACCAGCCCGUUUUCACCACUUUUGAGCUGAAGCGUUAUAAUCAAGGAUGCGUCGUGAAUGGAGGGUGUUACGCAACAUAAGUAACCAGUAGUAGCAAGACAGCAGACCACAUUGAUUACCUGUGGCGUUCUCCGUUGCUGCACUCCGCUUCCUCGCCAAACAAACGACGCCCACUGAUGUCAUCACUGUUCAUACUUUGAAAACCAGCUGUAUUCUGGUUCCAAACCAAUUUAUUUUUGGUUGAAAUGCUCUGAAAGGUUCGAAAUUUGAUGCGCAAACCAGAACAUAACCUGUUCCCUGUUGGUCAAAAAAGGGAAUCUAAGGAGGCAAGGAAAGAAUGCAAGAACAGGAACUGAGGACAGGAGGAAUCGAGAGGUGAAUUGAUUGAUGGAAUGAACGGACUUAUUGAUGACACUUGCUGAUUAAAACAUUACUUCACGUGUAUUACACACUUGCAUAUUGAUCUUUUGAAGGUUAAACAAGCUUGUACUCAGCACUUGAUUUCUCAGUUUUAAAUCAAGGCGUACUGAUUGACUUUUAUUCAAGGAUUUUAUUUGUACUCGUUUAAUUAAGACUAUUAAUUUUGGGUGUGUGUGGGUCUUUGGAAUUUGUUUUUUGGCAGAGGUGGGGAAUUUAUACCAUAGGUCUAAAUGUCACACACCAAAAUAAAAAGGAUUUCCUCAUAGCAA